UUAAAGGGGCAGACAGUUGGUAGUUGAGAAUAAAGAGAACCAGGAGCUUGGUUCUCUCCCUAGCAUGACAAAUUACUCAAGACCAGCUCACAGUGGGCGUCUGCAGGGUGGGGCUCCGGCUUGAGGUCAUGUCUCCUCAUGUCUAGGUUAUGCCUUGGAACUAACUGCUGAGCUUGAGUCAGCAUGCACAGCCUGCCAGGAGUGCUGACAGGGCCCGAGUCACAGCUGAGGGAUGUCGUUGUGAGAGGAGCAGGAUUGUUAACAGAGACCCGGAGGUUCUUGAUUCUCAGCCUGGUACUUUUGAUGGUUUGGUUUGGUGCUUUUGAGACAGGGUUUGGCUAUGCCGGGCCUCGAACUCACAUGUAGCCCAGGCUGGCCUGGAACUCUCAGCAACCUUCCUGCCUCUGGCUCCAGGGAUUCUAGGUGUGCACCACCACACCCAGCCUCAGCCCGACACUUUGGUGGGAGGCCCCCGUGCACAUACCUGGCCUCCUGAGCUCCCGUGACGGACCCUCUGUUCUCUGAGGACGGGGAAUAAGGAACACUUGGUUCCUCAGAAAACUGACAGUGCUUUUCUUGCUAUGGGAGCAGGGCUGAUGUGACGGAGCAAACAUCAAAGAAAGCCAAAGGACUUAGGGAUUUUUGGCAAGGAAGUUGGAACUAAGUGUUCUAAAGACACCAGAGAGGAGGAGAUCAGACAGCAGUGUCUCAUUCCUCCCACCUAUCCCACCCCCUCAGCACAGGGGCUGCUCAGAUUCAGAGGACACUUCCUCCUCCCAGACACCUCUUCACGGAGAAACUUCUGCCUCUGGCAAAGAGCAGCCUGCCCCUACCCAGCCAUCUUCAGCUCAGGGCUUUCAGAGCUCUCAGAGCUAUCUGAGAGUCCUCAGUCCAGUCUGCUCCUUUUAUCCUUUCUCUCUGUGUGUGCUUUUUGCUUUGUUUUUAGCAGAAAGGGUGCAGGCUAGUUACCUGGGAAGUGUCUCUUACGCAAGGACCAGCUGGAUUUCCUACUCUGCCAGUGCUGCAGCUCACAGACUGGCAGGAGGAAUGGCAUCUGCUGUGGCCCAGCGCCUCCUACUUCUUCAGCUUGUUCUAGGACCAACUCUGAUCACAGACCUCAAGCUGAGUCCCGCCGCGCAAGACUUCCUCAAGUUACACAUCGACUACCCCAAGGUUACAUACGCAGAUGGUUUCCGUGGUUACUGUAACGGAUUUAUGGCUUAUGUGAGGGGCAGAAGACAGCAUUGGUUCUGCCCAAAGAUCCAUUAUGUGCUGCAUUCCCCCUGGAAAGACAUCUGGAAAUUCUGCAAUUUUACCGACUACUACUGUGACGUUUAUAAUCAAUAUUGUACACUCACUCAGGACUCUUUUCCCCUCACAAUCUGCUCCCUGGCGCCUGAACAGCCAUCUACCAGCUGCUUCUACAACACCAACACAUCCAGACAAAGGCUCUAUCUGCUUUGCUCCCGCAAGUAUAAAGGUCACCCAAUAGGUAUCAUCAGCCUCUACCAGGGAAUGUAAUUUCUACACUGUCCCUAUCUCAUUCCCAUUUCUGCUUUUCUUUUUUUGUCUUUUUCCUUUUUAUCAGUACCAGGGAUCGAACUCAUGACCGCCUGCUUGCAAGGCAGGUGCUUAUGCCGCUGAGCUAAAUCCCCAGCCCCACAUUCCCAUUUCUUAAACUCUCAUUCCUGCAAUAAGCAGGGCCCAGAGAUAGGCUCUGGGAAGACAGGCAGGUAGGAAAAUGCGGGGGCUUUGAUCAGUGUGGAGAGCUGUACUGUCUUCUGUGUCCUUUCCAAUUUGUUUACCAGCUCCUCACCACCCCUAUUCUCCCACCAUCCCCCUGUCCCUCUCCCAGGGACAGUAAAACCCACCCAAGAAGCUGGCUGUGUCCACUUGGCAGUGCCUGUCCCUGCGCUGGGCCAGAUCCUGACUCCUGGACGGAGGCCCAGGCCCCCAGCUCACGCCAUAGCAACAGGCGUCUAGCUCCAGCACCACCCCCAAGCUCUGGUCUCCGUCUUCCCCACUUCCCCCCCCAACUGCCCACACUCAGAGACCCACAAGGCAGCAUUUCUAGCUACAGGAGCCUCUCUGAGAACCUCAUUUCCCCUCAGUUUCUAACCUGCUUCUCUCUGAGAGCCACUGACCCCUUCUUCAUGUCACCUGCCACUUUUCCUGCCUCCCACCAUGGAGCCUGGUGCUGUGUCUUUACCCACACUUGCAACUGCUCGGGCACCCUGCUUUCUUUUCUAGUCUCUUCCUUCAGUCCCCACUUUGGUCAACUGGAAUUUCAAGCUAUCUUCUGUCUCCCGUUCCUGCCAAGGUUCCUGCAUCCCCUUCCUUCCAGGAGUUCCUCUUGAAAUUGUCCAAAUUCCAAGGUCUGCUAUUGACAAAGCAGUGUAUGAGGCAGGCCAAGCUCCAGUCAUGCGAAAAGUUUUGGUGGUGCUGGGGAGCAAAGCUAAGGAGUCACACAGGCUGGACAAGUGCUCUACCACAGCUCUUUCCCCAGGCCCUACUCAAACAAAGUUUGAAAACCAUAUCUGAGUUAAGAUAGUUACUGCACCAAGCAUGGUGGUGCAUGCCUAAAAUCCCAGAACUCUGGGAGACUGAGGCAGAAAGUUCCAGGGCAGUUUAGCAACUUAGCCAGAACCUGUCUCAUUCUAUCUCAAAAAUCAAAAUGAAACAAAACAGACAUAGAACCAUUACAGUCAACUGGAGGAAGGGCGAGCCUUUCUAUUUUUAACAACUGCUUGUGAAUCUGUAAUCAUUUCAAAAUAAAAAGUUAAAAAUACAUUUGAUUAGUUCA